GCUCAUCAAGUCUCACCGACCGAUAACAAAAUGCCCGAAGGAGCAUGGCAAGAGGAAGAAUCUCUUGAAGUGUACAGGAAGAAAAGAACACAAAGGCCGCCCGCAGAUGGUCCGCCAGAGAUUGUACGAUUUGUGAGACGCCGACCACAAGCAGGUGAAGAGGUCUACGAAACCGUUCAACCUCAUCAUGAUGGCCGACGCGAGCUGAUUCUCCUGGAGCCAGUCCGAUUCGGGGAUGAACCUCCAGCAACCCUGUAUGAUGACUAUUCGUUGUACAGAAUGGAAGAAUAUGUAGACGCGGGAACUGAAAUUUGUGAGCGCGAUAAGCAGCCGGUUUACUAUACCCUCCAGAAAGUGGAAAAGGAAGCACAACCAACUCCCGAGAAGGAAAAAGUGCUUGAAGAAGAGAUAAUAGCGCCAGCAAGAGAGAUUGACGCUAUUACUUUGAGAGAGGAGGAAGAAAGAAAGUCAUUGGAAAGACUGAGCAGUCGCGAAGAAGUCAGAGUUUCCACAACCCCACAGCCAACAGAGCGUGGCCCAUACAUUUCCACAAUACCAAUUGGUGAUGUCACUGCGGAGGAACGUUCUAUAGGUCGUGGCUCGGAGUCAGGAAGAUUUGAGAGACCAUGCUCUCGUUGCGCGGAGGUGUCCAGAGAGACAUCCAGAGAAACUCCUAUCCUUGAUCGAACUAUUUAUUACGAAAGAGAGAUGCGAACAGAAGAGUGGACAGAGUUCUUCGCGGACAUGACACCUCCAGAGAAAGCAUUCGUACACUGCCGACUGUUCCUGAGGAAGAUUUCCAUGAAGAAGAACAUGAAAGUUUUGAAAGGCGCUCCACUGAGGAAUAUAAGGAGACAACUAGAGGAGUUUCACAGAGAGAAGAGAGGAUGA